AUGGUUCAUCUCGCCUCUACCAUUACCGCCGGCCUCAUCGGUCUGGCCUCGAUUGCUGCCGCUCAUCCUGGUCACGACCACAAGGCCGAAGCUGCCGAGCGCCGUCAGUUCCUGCGCAAUGCUCCUAUUCAAUCGCGCAGCCUGGCCCAGUGUGCCUCCAAGCUGAAGGCCCGCGGUCUUGAGGCCAAGAAUGUUGCUCGUCGUCAAAACGCCGUCAAGCAAAUCCGCCGCCGCCGUGGUCUGAACACUGAUGCCCAUUUCCUCAAGGCUCGUGAUCUGGAUACCCUCCUGAACACCUCUCACGCCUCGAAUUUGACCGGUGUCACCCCCUCCACCGAUGCUUCUGUCCUGUUCGGCUCUGAGGCUACCUGCAUUCUGGCUCCCGAUGUCACUCAGGGCCCUUACUACGUGAGCGGCGAACUCAUCCGCGAGAACAUCGUUGAUGACCAGGAGGGUGUUGCUCUGUACAUGGACAUCCAGCUCAUCGACACCAACACCUGUGACCCCCUGCCUGAUGUCUACAUGGACCUCUGGCACUGCAAUUCCACUGGUGUCUACUCCGGUGUCCAGGCCAGCGGUAACGGUGACUCUUCCGAUGCUACCAACCUCGACGCUACCUUCCUGCGCGGAAUCCAGCCCAGCAAUGACGAUGGCGUUGUCCAGUUCGAGUCCAUCUUCCCCGGUCACUACACUGGCCGUGCCACCCACAUUCACGUCCUGACACACCCAGCCAACGAGACCACCGUCCUCCAGAACAACACCAUCAGCGGCCUAUACUCCUCCAAGACCUCCCACGUCGGCCAACUCUUCUUCGACCAGGACCUAAUCACCAAGGUCGAGAAGACUUCACCAUACUCAACCAACACCCAGGACCUGACCACCAACGCCGAAGACAGCAUUCUGUCCGAGGAGGCUGACACCAUCGAUCCCUUCAUGGAGUACGUUCUGCUGGGCGACGACGUCUCGGAUGGUAUCUUUGCUUGGAUCUCUGUUGGUGUCGAUAGCACCGAGGACAGUGAUGUCACUCCUGCUGCGUACUACACUGAGCAGGGUGGUGUUGAGAAUGAGAGCUCUGGUAUGGGCGGUGGCAGUGGUGGCAGUGGUUCUCCUCCCGGUGCCUCUGCUUCUGGACCUGGUGGUAGCCGUCCUACCUCUGCCUAG